AUGAUAGAAGAAACCCCCCUCCUCUCCCUCGUCGCGGAGAAAUCCCUCCCCACAAAAUGCAAGCCCAACCUCCUAACCUACUGUCCGACAAUGGACCUGAUUGCCCUGGUAUCCGCGCAGGAUGAGCAAUUGUCUGUUUAUAGGCUGAAUGGGCAGAGGGUGUUUGGGGGGUCAUUUGGGGGUGAUGCGCACGGGCAUGGGUAUAUGUUGGAUUCGGAUGAGGAGGAUGAGGAGAAGAGGAAGGGGGAGAUUAGGGGGGCUAGGUGGAAGAAUAAUGGGCAUUUGCUUGCUGUUGCUUGCGCGGAUAAUACGAUCCGGGUUAUCAGUUCGUACAGCGGGAAGACUGUUCAUCAUUAUCCGGCAUAUCACCCUCACAAUCAACAGGGCGAUGACUGUGAAGACGAAAUUACCACCACGUCGCAACCCAAAGUAACCUGUCUGGGCUGGGGCACCAACUUCACCGAUAGCAAAGGCGCACAACGUUACCUCCAGGAGGCUGCGGGCCAGAUCUCCGUGCAGGAUUUGUUAGCGCCGGGUGUACAUCCGUCGAAGGUGGCUGCUUUGCUGAAGGCGGAUUUACCGAGGGAGUUGGCGCUGCUGGAUGUGGAGAGUUCGUUGCCGAAGUUGAGUACGUUGCCGGCGACAGGGAGUGAUGAUGAUGUAUUCAGCUCCAGGGCAUCGCUGGAUGCUAUUUUUCAUUCCGCGGCGAAGAAUACCAGUGACUCGGUAGAUGUGCUUGCGGUGGGAUUUGACGAUGGUACAGUGCAUUUGCGGAUCUUCGAUUGUUUCGAGAUCGGGUCGUUCCAGAUCGGUGCUUCUGAGGGAAAUGCCAACCCGUGCAGUUUGCUUCAGCAUGCUUCGCAUCCGUUAAGCUCGACUCAUGCCCUGUUGGCUUCUACGCCUUCGGAUCAGUCCACCAAGGCACUACAACUACUAACAGUUGAUCUGCGAUUUAUCACAAAGUCUGGUCGAUAUCUGUCGCUGCUCGCGUAUAAAACGACACAGCUGCAGAAUCUGCUGCGGUAUAUCAAUCAGGUGCAGAAGCAGAUCGAGAUCGAAUGGAAAAAUGCCCAGGAACAGCCGAUGAGGUUCAUGCGCAGUGCCGAAUUUGACCUGCAGGAGAAGUGCCAUUGUGAUUUUGUCACUGCGGUGUACCACCUGGUAGUUACGGGUGAUUGCUUUGCGCCGUUGAAGGAGUUUUUGGUGGAUAUUCUGAAGUCACAGGGCCAUAAGCGAUGGGACAAGGCUGUUUGCAGUGGAUACGAGAAUAUCCGACGUCUGACACACGAAUGUCUCCUCCCGGCCCUGGAACGCUGCGAAGUCCUCCUCAGCCGCCUCAUCGGCCUAUCAAAAUUCUCCAAGCUCAGCGACGUCCUGGGCCUCGAAACGUCCGACCUAAACGCUAUCGUCGAAACACUCGACUGCCUGCAUCUCCUAUCCCAUCACAUCCUAAUCAACACCAACGAAGAACUCUCCCAAUUCAUCUCCUUUUCCAAAUGGCUGCGUCACGAAAUCGACAUCCAAAGCGCAGAGCCCAUGUCCCAAACUCUCGAAGAACUAAUGGAACGGACAGACAUCAUGGAAUACCCUAAGACACUAAAAUACAUCCAAGGCCCGCUUGCCAAAAGCGCCCUCCGCCGCUUCAUCCAGCAACUCCCCAUGCUGGGCGUUCCCAGACCUCCUCCGCCUGCAUCGACGGCUGGUAAGUGGGCUCCUACGGGGCAUGGUCGGUCGUUCUAUGAGAUGUUUAAGGGGUUGUUACAGCAGCAACAGCAGCAGAGUUUGGAUGGUGGGGAGGUGGAGGUGCCGAAGUUGAAUGAUUUGACGAAGAGGUUGGGGUUGCAGUUUGAGAAGGUGUUUGGGCAAAUUGCGUUGACGCAGAGGAGGGGGAUUUUGCAUCGGUCGCCGCUUAUGUUGCAUGGGGAUUGUGAUGGGGAGGUUAUAGAUAUGACUAUGCGUUAUGAGGACACGCAAGAAGGGAGCUUUGGUUCGAUCUAUAUUGCUACGAGAUCGAUCAAGUCGAAGCAUCUAUUCUACAUCUAUCGCGUGGUCCUAGAUUCUGUCAACGGGGUUAGUUCGACACGAGAUACAUCCAUCGCAGGUUUCGACCUCCAAGAAGGCGACAUCCGCCAACUCCAGUUCGUCGAAGACGAUACCCUUAUGAUCCUCUGGUCUCACCAUAACGGAUCCUCCUACCUCCUCAACUUCCCUUUCCAACCCUCGUCCGCAACGAGUUCCGGUGCCGAAGCCAAACCCCCCUCCGACCUUACCGUGGAAUACGAGGACUGCAAUUCCUCGACCACAGUUGUGCCGCUCUAUGUAUUAGCGGAGGAUUCGCCGCACGCGAGUCUGAUUAGACAUACGUUCCCGGCGAGUGCAGGGGCUAAGGGUCGGGUUAGACGGAUUGAUGUUAACGGGAGGAAGGGGAGGAGGGCGAUUUGUGCGUUGUUUGGGGACGGAGGGAGGUACGAAGUGUUUGAUAUGGAUGCGGAGGUUGUUGAGGAGGAUGAGAGUGUUCAGUGA